AAUUCCUCGUUAAACCCUAUUUUGUGCCCACAAGAGACUGUAAAAUUCGCAAAAGAAGUCUGCAGAACGAUGCGUCGUCCAGGAGUCACUGCAGUCUUGUUCGUGUUCAUUCCUUGUUUGGUUUCCUCCGCGGAGAUUCCAAAUAUCAUGCCGGGUGAUGUCGCCCCUUCUUUCGUUCUUCAAGCUAUGGAAGCAAUUCAUGGUACCGACGUACUUCUCAAAUAUGGAGGCAACGAUUCCAACAUCCAAGGACCCAUUGUGUUCCUCGCGUAUACAAAGCGCUCAGGAUUCUUAGAACGUCUCAUAUCCAACCCAGAUUGCUUCAAGAUUCUGAUGGAGAACUCCCCUGACAAUACGAAUUACGUGUUCCUUUUUUAUGCGACUUCUUUUUCUUCCCUCAAAGAUGCUGCCGACCAGCUCGCUCGGAGAUUUAAAGAAGCAAUGUAUAAAUACUAUUUUCGAUCCAUUGGAUUCACCCGGGUACGCAGAUUCCCUGCCUUGACCGCGAGAAUGGGAACGUUACUGGAUUUCAGUAACAACUGGCUUUCACGGGUACAUUUUGCAUCAUUUCCUGUAUUUACUCUCGGGAAUUGGAUCCCGCGGGUAUUAUCCCAAUGGUACUGUUCCGGGCACGGGUGUGGCUUUGCCCAGAUCGUCACUGAAAAUGAAAAAGGUGAAAUCCACGAUGUGUCAAAGCGUUUAGAUGCGCGCUAUGAUUGGCUGCCGUCUCCAGACACGCUCGCCAAAUAUGGACACUUGCAAGUGGCGUUUGCUGGCGAUGCUUGCAAUGCCAGCUCGUUUGUGAGUCCCGUAAAUGAUAAACUUGCCCUAGUUUCAAUUGAGGGCGUCCAGUGUUCUUACUUUAUAAAGGUACAAAACUGUCAGAAAAAUGGCGCUCUUGGUGUCCUGGUGUUUCCUAACCCGACCCAGGCUUUGCUAGACAUGAACUGUAACGGUUCAGAGUGUAACACACAGCUCAACAUCCCAGCAUCCAUGAUUCCACAUAGUAUUGGAUAUAGUUUAAGCAAGAGCAGUGGUAUUUACGUCCGUUUUCAGACCACGCCCUCAGACACCUUUGUAUUUGGAAUUGACGGAGAGGGUAAAGUGGAGGAAACUGGCUGGUUUUUGUAUCCGUCCAUGCUCUUCCUGGCGUAUCAGGCACAUUGGUUUAACUACAAAACGCAAUUGUUGAAGAACUUGACAACAGGAGAUGCGGUGGUAAUGAACGUGUUCAACCACAGUGUGAUGCAGGGAGAGAAAGGGGUCAGCGGUACUAUUCAUCUGCCUUCUAUGAAUGACCUCCAGCGUUAUGAACACGUGGAAUUGGACUUCGCUUUGUCGUGCCCAGGCUCUAGAGACGAAACUUGCGCCAAAUGGGAUCACGUGAUACAGCUGUACGUUUGCUGUAAUUCCACAAGUGAGCUGUGUGGACUGGAACUAGGUAGAUGGAUAACACCCUUUAGACGACGUAUUGGACGCUGGUUGACGCCAGUUAAACCGCUGAUCCCUCUGCUACAAUCCGCUGAUUCCAGCUCCGCCAACACUUGUAACUUUACCAUGAAAACAGUUCCCUGGGCAAUGGCGUGGGUCCCAACACUUAACAUCAGACUCGUUGGCAAAAUACAAGUAUUAGACAGGUACGAGACAUUUCACUCCAGGGAGAAAGCUCUUGUUCCAGUAGAGGUCAUACCACUCUUCAGAGGAGGAACCUUCGAUAAGAACUACAACGCCAAAUACAGACCCAUCACUUUCGUUCCUCCACAAGGAACCGACAAAGUAAAACUUGUCGCCACUAUAACAGGUCACGGUAGUGAUAAUAAUAACUGCGCCGAAUUUUGUGUCACUUCGCAUCAUUUUGUAGUCAACAACAAACACAACUACACCCGCGUGUUCAAAAACGCCGGCACCGCCCUGGGGUGUGCCGACCGUGUGCUAGAGGGAGUGGUACCAAAUGAGCAUGGUACGUGGCUUUACGGGCGGGACGGUUGGUGUGACGGCCAAGAAGUAGUACCCUGGGUAGUGGACAUAACAAGUGCACUUAAAACUCCUGACAAUCAGAUCGAGUACUUUGGUUGGUUUAACAAUACUGAUCCCAAUCCAACACGUGACCCUGGCGAUAUUAUCAUGUACUCUUAUUUGGUGUACUACAGGUAUCUGGCCCCGGAGCCAGACCUCCCUCGGCCAAUUACACGUGUAGGAUCUGGACUCCACAUUAACAAAUAUUUUGAUCUUUGAAUGAUAUUCGAACUACAUAGUUUGAUACAUGUUACGGCAGAUAAUAUUUCCAUAAGGAACCGUAAAAUGCAAAGUAACAAUUUCACAAGCAGCCCCUCCAGACUGUUCCAUUUUCGUCCAUUUUCCCGACAGCCGUUGGAAUCUGGCGAUCAAAUGCAAUGAAGCACGGCUGUAAAUGAUUCAUAGCAUUAUCGUAAAACGACCAGGAUGGAGGAAUUCGUUGUAUAACCUUCUGAUAAACUCUUAGUUCUCAUUGGCUUACUCGAGUGCAUUUUAGAAUAUUCUCGUGUAAAUCCCCUUUAUCGCUAUUUUUUCUUUGUCCAACGUCUAUGAUAAAUGAAAAAUUUUUUUCUCAUUCGAAGCACGAACACAAAAUGUGUCAUUUUCAUUUCCCUAUUACUAUAAUAUGUCCAGAAUUUUCUUACUUGGGAUAAAAUUGAAACAAAAUGGAGGGUUUUAUUUUCAGGCCUUUUUAACAUAUAAAGACUGCAAAAUCCAGCUCAAUUAAUUUUGCUCACUCAGUAUGGAUAACAAUGAUGUUUUUUGUUGAUUAAACGGUUUGUGGGUAAAAACACAGAAAUCCUCAUUUUAAUUUAGUUACUAACUUUCACUUUUUGUACGAAAACUGACUUGGUUUCCGUUGGUCACCCAGUGCUACUUAAUUGUGUUUGUACACAGCUUACAAAAACUGUCCGGUUACAGCAAACUGUCCAACUAAACUGUCUGAUUCUGCUGUCUAGUAAUAACUCUACAGAACAAUGAAAGAAAGAUGGAGCAGCUUGUCCCACACAAAUAAAAGGAAAUAAUAAUUACUAUAA